AUGUGGGGACCAGGACCAGAGAAGUGUUCUGAGAUUGUCGCGGGUGAGUUACAGAGCGAAGAACCCGAUAGGCGGUUUGGUGGACCGAGUCGUUUUGAUGUUUGGAAGUCUUGGCCAGUAGGCUUUCUACCAGCGGCAGGUUUGUAUGAGAGUCUAUUGUAG